AUGACAGACAUCAACAAGAUGAUCAUCAACUUGGCUGUCUUUGGCAGGACUCAGAGUGGAAAAAGUACUGCUGGGAAUGUUCUGCUGGGCAGUGCUGACUUCCACAGUAGCUUCGCUCCAUGUUCUGUCACCAAAGGUUGCAGCCUGGGCCGCAGCAGUCACAUCCACAGUUUCAUGCGUCGAGGGGGACGAGAUGUAACCCUGCAGGUUCAGGUGUUGGACACUCCAGGGUACCCACACAGCAUGCUGAGCAUGAAACAUGUGAAGCAAGAGGUCAAGAAGGCUCUGGAAUAUCACUUCGGACAAGAAGGUCUCCACUUUGCACUGCUGGUUCAGAGAGCAGAUGUUCCUUUCUGUGGACAGGAAGCAUCGUACCCUGUCCAAUUGAUCCAGGAACUUCUGGGACCUGCUUGGAAGAAUUACACUGCUGUUCUUUUCACCCAUGCAGAAAAAAUAGAAGAGGCUGGCCUCAAUGAAGAUGGAUACUUACGUGAGGCCUCUGAUCCUCUGCUAACUCUGCUUAAGUCUAUUCAGUACAGACAUGCAUUCCAGUAUAAAAAAAGAAACUCAUUUAAUGAACAAAGAAUGGGAAUAUUGGAAAGAAUUAUGGAAUUUAUAAAAGAAAAUCAUUAUCAAGUUAUUGCCUUUAAAUAA